AUGGCACCACCAAUACCACCACCAAAAAGAGGCGAACAGAAGUACGUCUCGUCCUCCGGAACGACGGCGAGGUCGAGACCUCUUUUUCGAGCGACGAUAUUCGCGGACUUCUUUUGGGGAAUUCUGAAUGUCUUCGUCGCGUUCUUUCGAACGCUCGUGUCGUUGGACCAAUCGCAAAAGUACGGGACCAAACCAGGGGACGUCGGGAGUGGCGUGUACGGAAGAAGACCUGGUAAUAAUAACAACAACAACAACAACGGGACGAGGAGAUAUCCCGGGGGAGGAGGGAGUAACAUUCACGGCAUCGAUCACAACGCGACGCCGCCGAGCGCGUGA